UCAGGUCGGCUCAUUUUCAGGAAGUCGGUCUAAGUCGCUUGAUGGAAAAGGGUACGAAAACGGUCGCCGAGCUCAUUACGUCCCUCAGAAAUCUCCGUCUUGCUCUGGAAUCCCUCGUCAGUGAACAAAACGACCUACGAAAAUACUUUCGUGAUUCUUUCUCUUUACCAUUGAAGAAAACUAAGCCUCCAAGUCUAGUCAGCUUGUGCCUUGGAAUUCUUGGUCAAAAUUUGGAGGAUAUCAUUGCUGAUAUUUCAAAGAUAGCAGCAGUAUUUCCAUCAGAUAUCAAGUUGGCCUUGGUUGCUAUUGCAAGGAGGAGACAGUUACUGAAUGAUGAUCUUCUUGUCGCAUUAGCUGAAGUUUCAUGGAAGAUUCUAGAUAUAUAUGGAUCAAAUGUCACUGAUUAUGGUCUGAAAAAAGUUGUAGAGAUUUGCACUAAUCUGCAGGCUGUCGAUAUUAGUCAUUGCGACAAGAUAACUGCUACCGGUGUGUCAGGCCUCAUUUGUCACAGCCAAUCUUUGGAAAUCUUGAGAUGGGGGGGGUCUCCCAGCAGUGAUUCUACUGCCUUUAGAUGUGUUGGUAUCUUGAAACCUAAAUUGAACAAUGUGGAGGAAGAAUCAUGGGAGGAGCUUGAAAAUGCUGACAUCGGAAGUGGUGCCCCAUCACUACGCUGGCUCGUAUGGCCAAACAUAGAUGAGGUUUCAAAGGCAAUAAUGGCUGCUGAAUGCCCCCAAAUCAUUGUAAACCCACCCUUUGGCUUCCCAGAAGUUCCAAAUGAAGCUCUGGACUUUGUAGCUCUGGACUAUUCUAUCAUUGAUGCCAUUGAUCCCAAAACCUGGGAUGUUUCAGGCACUGCUAGAGGUAGUGCACCGAAGCUGACUGUUUCCAAUGAGACAUCUGAAUUGUCUAUAGCUGAUUUUUUAGAGGGGCGUGCGACGUUGGUUCCUAAACAAGCAAUAUAUGCGAGGCAAAACAAGCGGCGAGCAAAGAGGGAGCACUUAAUGAGUAGUUCUAGCCCAAAGUCCAUCAUGCGUGCCUCCCAAGCUAGCAAAUUCUUGCAUCAUAGGAGGUGAUUGCAGUCAUGUUUUGCACGUUGAAACUUGUAUGUUUUCCUUCAGUACAAGAUUGUGAUGUACACAUUGUAAUUACUCUGAGACUUUUUUUUAUCAUGUUCACGGCAAAAUAUUUCGUA